CAAAUAACUAUGAAGAUUGUGAUUGUUUUGGUAUGGCUAUACUAAGUCAUGGAGAAAAUGGACAAAUAUCGACUCAAAAUGGAUUCAUGCGUUUAGAUAAAAUUAUUAAAAAAGUUAAAAGAUGUGAAAGCUUACUUGGAAAACCAAAAUUAAUCUUUGUCCAGAGUUGUCGAAUGGAACACAAUUUGAACAUUGAUGCAGCCGUGAUACAGAAUAUACCAAAGGCAUCAUUUGAAGCAGAUUUACUUGUAUCCUUCGCUACAACGAAAGGAAACGUUGCAUAUCGAAUUCCUGAUUCUGGAUCACCUUAUAUCCAAAAACUGACAGAAAUACUUGAAGAUAAGGGCGACAAAAUAAGUCUUCUCGACUUAUUGACGGAAGUAAGUGCAAAGCUCAAAGAGAAGGUACAAUCAUUGGGUGAGAUAUAUGAACAAGUAUCCGUUUUCGAGUCAACACUCCAGAAAAAGCUGCAGUUUGACAAAGUUGUUGCAGUUUAUACCGAAUAUUCUGAUGGAAGAAUUGAAUAUGAAAACAAACUUGAUGGAAAUAUUCAGGAGCAGACUUAUCUGAAAUCUACUCGUAAUUUUAGAAAUUAAACAUUUCAAUUUAAUAAAAAAGAACAU